AUGGUCAAACAAGUGCUUUUGCUAGGCUCCGGCUUUGUGGCCAAGCCCACCGUGGACAUCCUUGCCGCCAACGCCAACAUCGAGGUCACCGUGGCGUGCAGAACGUUGGCCAAAGCGCAGCAGUUGGCCGGGUCUGUGGCCGGCGCCAUCUCGCUCGACGUCAACGACGAACAGGCCUUGGACGCCGCCGUGGCCAAGGUGGAUUUGGUCAUUUCCCUCAUCCCGUACAUCUACCACGAGUUGGUGGUCAAGAGCGCCAUCCGCAACAAGAAGCACGUGGUGACCACGUCGUACAUCAACCCCAAGUUGCAGGCCUUGGAGCAGCAGAUCCAGGACGCGGGCAUCACGGUCAUGAACGAGAUCGGCUUGGACCCCGGCAUCGACCACUUGUACGCGGUCAAGACCAUCGAGGAGGUGCACGCGCAGGGCGGCCAGAUCAAGUCGUUCUUGUCGUACUGCGGCGGCUUGCCUGCGCCCGAGAACUCCGACAACCCGUUGGGCUACAAGUUCUCGUGGUCGUCGCGCGGCGUGUUGUUGGCCUUGACCAACCAGGCCUCGUACUGGAAGGACGGCGAGGUGGUGAACGUCAAGUCCGAGGACUUGAUGGCCACUGCGCAGCCCUACUUCAUCUACCCCGGCUUUGCCUUUGUGUGCUACCCCAACAGGGACUCCACCACGUACAAGAAGUUGUACAACAUCCCCGAGGCCGAGACCGUCAUCAGAGGCACCUUGAGGUUCCAGGGCUUCCCGGAGUUCAUCAAGGUGUUGGUGGACUUGGGCUUCUUGAAGGAGUCCGCGCACCCGGCGUUCCAGGCCGAGGCUGCAUGGAAGGACGCCUUUGCGCUGCUCAUUGGCGCCGCGUCCAGCUCCGAGAAGGACCUCGUGGCCAAGAUCGACCUGUUGGCCUCCUUCAAGGACGAGGCUGACAGGGAGAGAAUCAUUGCCGGCUUGAAGUGGUUGGGCUUGUUCUCCGCCAACAAGACCACUGCCAGAGGCAACCCCUUGGACACCUUGUGUGCCACCUUGGAGGCCUUGAUGCAGUACGAGGACGGCGAGAGGGACUUGGUGUGCUUGCAGCACAAGUUCGGCAUCGAGUGGGCCGACGGCAGCAAGGAGACCAGAACCUCCACCUUGGUGGACUACGGCAACCCCGAGGGCUACUCUUCCAUGGCCAAGUUGGUGGGUGUGCCAUGCGCCGUGGCUGUCGAGCAGAUUUUGGACGGCACCUUGUCCAAGAAGGGGUUGUUGGCGCCCAUGUCGUCUGACAUCAACGAUCCUCUCAUGAAGACCUUGAAGGACAAGUACGGCAUUUUCUUGGUCGAGAAGACCGUGGCCUAG